GCAUUGUGGGAAACUCCCAAGUUUUCCCCCACCCCUUUCCUCUGCCUUCCUCCCUCCCUCCUCUCUGCGCAAGAGCCAGUUCCCAAGGUGUGACUCGUGCAGCUGGCCAGAGGACAGACAGAAGGUGCCAUAUCAUGUCCAGAUAGGACACUGCUGGUGUGACAAUCAUCCCAAGACAGCUGCUCCCAGGGGUUGAGCUCAGGCGGCUCCUCUUUCUCCGGCAGCCAGGCAAAGGAGAAGAGCUGGGAUAUCCCUGUGCACGUGGUGUCCAGUCUCUACCCACAGCACUUGUAGGGAUGGAUUCCAAAGGCAACGUCCGAAGUGGAAACAAACCCGACGCCAAGGCCCCCAGCUCCACAAAGCCAGAAAAACCCAACCCUGGGCCUGCCACGAAUGCAGACAAGAAGGAGAUCCCCAAAGAGCAGCCUGCUCCUGCCACUGCCACCUCUGCCACCAAGAAGGCAGGUGGUGAUGCUGCCGUUGUGAACAACCACAGCAACCUGAAACCCAACCCCGCCGCCACGGAGACACAAGAGGCCACUGGCCAGUCCCCUGACUCUGACCACAAGGGAAACAGCUCCGACGAGUCACCAGGCAGCAUCUUUGACAACAUGAAGCCCUUGAUCAUCAUCGGAGGAGUGGCGGUGGCUGCGCUCGCUGUGAUUGUGGGAGUGGCAUUCCUAGCCCGGAAAAAAUGAAGACCGAGAUGGGGUGGGGAUGAGAAACCCAACCCAGCUGUACAGCUCCUUUUGAGACAAAUGCAUGCAGAAAAAUUCUAUACAUAUCUAUAUAUAUAGAGAGAGCGAGCUAGAUAGGUCAACAACAAACACCAACUGCAACUCCAAGAGUCUUGUUCAAGACAACUGUGCCAGUUUGACCCAGUGUGGGUAACUCCAUGCACUCAGUGUGUUCUUUCAUGUAAUAUAUCUUGGCUUAUACCACUGUGUAUAGAUUACAGCUUCUCCUGAUCUGUGUAAAUGGCGGUGUCCCCUCCCCUCCCCUGCUGUCCUCCCUGGGAGACACCCCCACCUCUCUUGCAGUCCCCUGUUUUCAAGUCCAAAGUGUUCUACGUCCCGUCCAGAGUCCCCACUUUGUGUUUUGGUUUCUGUUUGGUUUGGUUUUAAGUUGGGUUGUGGUAAAGAUGAUGUAAGGGGAGACAGUGCCUAGUGCUAAGGUCCGGUUUGCCUGUCAGUGUGUGCUGGGCUGGUGUUUACCCGGCACCCUGGGGCAGGGGAAGCACUGGGCAAUCGCAGGCAAAAGACAGCUCCUUGACCCAAACAGCAAAGUGUGAUCUCUAAUAGGUGUCUCGUGUACCUGCUGCUCAUCAACCCACCUUUAAAAACCCAACUCGGAAGCGCCUCAGAGAGCUGGAGCCUGAGACUACAGCAUGGUAGAGCUGAGCAUGCAGCUUGGGACGUCACAUCAGGUCAUUCCUCUGGCUGAGCUGCCAGCGGGGGAGCGAGCAGAGGGGCCGUGGUGUGACCGACAGCACAGGUAGCAGCGUGAGGAGGUACAUGGCAAAGCCCCGUGCCGACCUCAGGCAGGCAGCAGCUGCCAUCUGCGUGGUUUCUUGCGCGUUAGCAGGCAGCCUUUAGGAUCCCAUGGCUCGCCAAGGUCAUAUGGGCAGCGUUUGGGGAAUAAAGAGACUUUGUUUUGGAUCUAGUAUUUCCUAAAAUUAGGCUGGGCUUUGCAGGAUGCUGUGGCCUCAGCCCAGACUCCCUCAAGGUCAGCUGGACUCUUUCUGUUCAUUUCUUUGGGCUUUGGAUCAAGCCUUUCCAGCUGAUUUUUUUUUCCCACUGAAGGUAUGGUCUCUCGGUACAUGGGAAGGUAGAAGAAAGGGAGACGUGAGCUGGUUUUAGGGUCAGAGGGGACCUGGGACCCCAUGACAAUAACACUGGCCUGCUUUAUACCAGGGAGCCCCUGUUCAAGGGCACUGGAAGUUCUUCUGUCCCGAGGGGAUUUAUUACCUUCCUCAUAUGACAGUAAGAGGGAUUUGUGACUCUUCCACACUUUGGAAAUGGAAACAAAUUCCCAGCCCUCAGGAACAGCCUGGUUUAAUUGGUGAGUACCUUGGCUUUAGAGCCAGACCUUGUGAAGGGGAGAAGGCAGGCAGGUGAUGAGAGAGGAUAUCUAGUGCACUGGCUAAUGCCCUUCCCCUAACACCAAGAGGUGAGCAGAUCUUAAUCUGAAAACUUCCGUUACACUACUCUUAGUUGCUGUGCUACUGCCAAAAAAAAAAAAGAAGUCUUACAAAAAAGACCUUACAUUUUGUUUUUAAAUUUGGUCAGAGGUUAAAUGAAGCCAGAGCCACAGAGUGUCUGGAGCUCACCAGCAGCUGCAGCCGACGGAGGUAGGGUUUUGGAGUGGUGAUCAGCAAGGGGUUCUGAGAAAGUGGAGGGCGUUCAGUUAAAGAGCCUUAGCUGUACAUCUUUAACUGAGCCUGGCUGUAUAAAUUCAGUGGGUACAGGGCCAGAGAAAGGGGUACGUUCUUCAGGUACUGCCUUUGCAGUAUGGUGGGUGAGUUUAACCUGAUCUGGCAAUUCUUCUUUUGGCUUGUGUCUGUCUUAUUUACCUCCAAAUCUGGUCUGCUGAAUGCACAUGGCUUCCCUAAGCAAAAGGUCUUUUGAUGCAGCCUGGCCAUUCCUAUGGUGAGCUUUGUCAUCCUCUUUUUCCCCAAGGCUCAUAAAAUAUUCCCAAAGAUGCACAGCCUCUGGGAGUACUAGAUACUGUCUUCUGAUGAACAACAGGCUGCGGUUUAAUGUCUACCUCUACCAGUACAGAGAUGGUAGUGGGCAUGUUGCAUUCACAGUGGUUUUCUUGGAACAAGUGCUACAGCCCCAGGUGAAAUCCCGGUACCGUAAAGUGCUCUUUGCAUGUACUGUGGAUGUGUCUCCUUGCAGCAGUAUGUCACAGCAUGGAGAAUUUACUCGAUUUGAAGCAGAAGGGGCCAUGGGGCCAUGGUGGGGUGUUUAUGUAAUACCACUUCUGUCUAGAGAACUGAUUUCCCCUCAUCCUGUUUUGCAGAGAUUUGGGGGUUAUUUCUAGGGGGGGGAGAGGGGAGGGUAAACAACAGGAAAGGUAUUUGGGAAGCAGAGAUGCGAGAGAAUGUAGCUCAGAAGCAGUUCCAGCCCAGUGACUGCAAUGGGGCUUUGCAGGAGGACACGGCGAGGCUGUGGCAUCUACACUGAGUCUGGGAGUGCUGCAGAGCCCCCAGAUGCUGGCUGUGCCAUCCUGGGGAGAGACCCCAUUGCAUACCAGCUCUCCUGCUCGCGCCCUGAACUGUGCGUUCUGGUUCCUCACAAGAGAAAUUUGGGUGCCCCAACUGCAGGGCAGUCCUGCUAGGAACCCGAUCUCCGUCACUGGGAGACCUGUGCCCACUGGGUAUGGAGAAACAUGUCCAAACUACUGGGGUUGGGAUGUGGUGAUGGCUAUUCCUGUGCUCCUCUUCCCUCAGAUCUAUGAAGCACAAAGCUCUUGGAUGAAGGGAAAUUUUGCUUACGUUGCUCGUGAGGAAGGGAAAUUGGUCACUGCUCUGAUUCAGGUUUUGCUGAAGUAGGGUGGUGAUUUUCAGACAGUAACUUCUCUUUUCAAGUGGGAGGCCUGUCUUCAAGAGAUGCUUCUACCUGUCCUGUCUGUUCCCUUCCUCUCAGCCCUGGCAUAUGAUUAUUUUUUUUUUUAGCAGCGUGUGACAACAUUAGACACAGUACCUAUCUAUUCUGCCCUGACCAGCAUAGAUAGAUAUAGGAGGAGGAAAAAGAAACACCUGCUUCAUUUGAGUCUCCUAUUUUACUUUCUAAAGUGUGUUUAUUUCAUUGACAACAGUUUUUGUUUCCUUUGGCAACAGAAGAGGGGAAAAACAGUUCUCAGCUAACAUGGGCCUUAACCAUUUCUGUCCACCUCCCCCCACCCAGCCCUUAGAGGUCUCAGAUGCAAGGCCAGUAAUUUCAUCCAGAAACACACUACAGAGCUGGUGAUGGGGCUGCAGCACUUCAUCUGCAUCUGUAACCACAUGCAAAGCCUCCAGAGGAAGUGGUAUGUCCUGUUUGUAAGGGAUUUUCCACUUACUGUGAUCACUUACCAUUGCUGUCUGCUGUCCAGAUUCACUACCUGAACCUGUCUCUUUGGCAGUUUGGUUUGGAAAACACCUGUGUGCAUGUGUGUAUGUGUGUACACCACCCUGCCUUGAAGAAUAUUCUGCCUAUGUAUGUAUACAUACAUAUAUGUUUAUAUUACUGCAGUCUGGGGAGGAAAAAAACAAGCCAACCUGGAGAUGACCCUUCAUUUGUUCCCCUGCAUUCACACAAAGUGUCCGUGAUGUCUUUUUUGUGCCAUUUGCAUCGUGCCAUGCAGCACCUGAAUUCCUUUUCGGUUCUGGUUUCUUCUCAGUGCAAAGAAUGUAUGGCUAGUGAACUGCUGAAUGUACGAUGUGCCCAUUGUGCUAGAAGCUCAAAAUUACUGUUCCCCUCCCUGGAUAGUCAUGUGGGCUACUCGCUUUAAGGCAUUUUUAGACUAUACUGAACUCUACUGGACUGUGUUGUAGUGCUUUUCGAAGUGUGGGUCUAGUGUUGAUUUGAGUCAGGUAGAUCAAGCGUAGAUGCCAUACAAGCUCCUAAGCACGCAGCUGGGGCAAUGCACUUCAGUCCCGACUUGCCCAUGCCAUCCUCUUAGCAAACACCUCCUGUUCUGCCUUAAUGUGCCAGGCUGUGCAGUGGUUUCAUUCUGAGGAGAAAAAAAAAAAAAAAAAAAAAAAAUGUCCAGCGAGAACUAGGCUGAGAAGAGCAAAUUCACCUCUCUCAGAAUCGAGGCGAGAUUGAAACCAAAUCUGUUGAAGCAGAAGGCUUAAAUGACUGAACUCGCUGUGCUAAAUAAAUAGUUGUCUUUUCUCGUACUGAGCACAUGCCGUUAUUUGCUUGAUGUUAUUCUUUGUGUGAUGUCUGUGAUAUGAAGUCCUAGUGAUAUCUCCAUGGGGAGAAUGAACUAACGCUUAAAACUAAUCAGAUUAUGUGCUUGGGAUUUGAAGAGAUCUAGAUUGCUAGUUUACUCUUUUGAUAAAGUCUAUAAAUUAUAAAUUUGCAAAACUGACUUCAGACAUUGUAGCUUAUCACUAAAACUAUAGGUUUAAUUACGAUGCCCGAUCUCAAUCUAUUUUGAAGGAGCCAUAAGGUUUAGUUGAAUGUAAAAAUGUCAUUACGCUCUCUUGGACAACUUAGUAGAAGGUUUUUGAUGCUUCUAGCUUUAAGAAAGAUGAAAUGGAUUACACUUCUGCUUCCUCUUUCUAUUGAUUUAAUACGCCAUGGAUAAGUUCCAUUAUUCCUAACAGUUCUGCUGUAGAAUGCAAACAAAUCUGGAAGCCAAAGGAUAAUGCAGCAGCAUUUUCAGGAGGGUAAGAAUUCAUUCUUGCAGGUGCUGUUCACCUCUUGGGCUCACAUUUAAAGCACUGAACAGUUGCUUGCCCUGAAGCAGUUCUUAGAUCCCUCAGAAUUAGUGACAAAUUAAAAAUGGGUUUAUGUCUCUGCUGAAUCAGAGUUUAGGGGUUGAUCCAUAGCCUACUGAAAACAAGCGGAAUUUUCCCAUUUCCUUCACCAUGCUCUGCUCAGGCCUUUGAUGUCUUAUUGGCACCAGGGAUAUGAUUGCAGGUCAUCACAAAAUCUGAAAUCAUCUUAAGGGCAUGUGUUUUGUUUUAUUUAAAAAAAAAAAAAAAAACAAACCUGGAAAAACCACUCCUUAGUCCUGCUGAGUGUAAGGAAAGUCUUCUCCAGUAUGAACUGAGGCAGUCAUGCUCACAACCACGCUUAUACCUACUUUAGUAUUUGUGUAUAAACGACGACAGUGUAACUAAAGAAACCUAGAGUUGGUGAGAGAUGAUUUCUGCCUUUAACAUUUCCCUUCCUUUCCUGGAAAUGCCGCUGGGGUGUAGAAAUCAGCAUCCUUUUAACUAUUCUUAGAAUUGGUUGAAAAUAACAGUCCUGAAGAUUUGAUAGAAAAAUUAUUCUUCAAGAAACAAACCAAGAAAAUCAAUGAAAAAAAUGUAUCUGAAAGGUGAAAUUCUUGGAAUUUCAAUCAGUUCUACAGAAAGCUUCAGGUUGGUGCUUCUGAGAGGGUACAAGAAACAGCACAGAGAAUUGCAGAGAAAAAAAGCACAUCAUUAUCUCAGCAGUUUUGGUAAGGACACAUUAACUUUUAUACCCUAUCCACUUCUAUUUUUUUUUUCCUCGGAUAAAAGUAAAAAUUACCAACUCUGAUGCCAUGCAAAUUAACCUUCACUAACUGACUUUUCCAAAUGCAUUUUUUUUUUCUGGCUUUGCUCAGUGUUAAAGGGUUAGUGAAAUAAGAAAAGCACCUGAAGUUUUCUACAACCAACUUUGUAUGAUUAAGGGAAAUUGCAAGCUUAUGGUUUGGGCAUUUUGAAAGGCUGCGCUCUCUUUUUACAUGCUUUGCUGUGAAAAGGACUGAAAAAUCCAACCAACUCACACUUCCAUCCUCUUAGUCUGUGGCAUCACGCUGGAGCCAGGACACUGGUUCCCUUCCCAAGCCAUGUAGCAUCUUACUGGGAUCUCGUGCCCUCCACCACAGAGCCGGGAGAAACGGCACAAGGCAGGAAGAGCCGUCUUAUGGAGGGGUAGGCAACAGUCACAUCAUCUUUUUCAUGAACUGACCGCAGUUCUGCUUUACAGGUUGGGCACGUCCCUUCAUGAAGGGAAUUGGCUUUGAUCUGGGUAAUGAAAAUUCUGUAUCUAAGUUGGUUAAAUUCUCAGCACGGGAGGCUGGAAUUGGGAUGUUUUCUGCUAUUUACACCAGAGGUAUUUGGUCUUUGACUCUCUCAGGGAGAAAUGUGCUGAUUCUGGAGAUCUGACCUGGGCUGCCUGUGAAUUUUAGGUCUUACGAGCGGCCCUUGAUCACCAACUCCACCGCAGAAUGCGAAGCAGCCUGUGCAGCGAUCUCCCAGGCCAGGGGCUGCGGAACUACCCCCAUACUUCAGGAUUUGUGCUCUGCAGGUUGUGAAGAAGCCAGGAGAGGGCAAUGGGAGCAGCGUCUGCCAAGCACUGUGGGUUAAACACCGCUGCUCUGUUCAGCCCAUCAUCAGCCCUUAAGCACUGACUGUUUCUGGCCUAUUGCUCUUUGUAAAAUCUCUCCUGUCCUCAUUCAGUUGGAGAUUAGUUCUUUCCUGAGGUUCAUCUAUUUGAAAUAUUACUCAAUCAUUAAUGAGAAGUUAUUUUUUAAGUGGCAUUAAGGUCAAAGAGCACAGAAUAAGGUGUCUUAGUGUCACGGUGAAUGCGUGGCAAAAAUAAGAGGGUACUUAAUCUGGGUUUAUCAAACAGAAGGUAGCUAUACAGAAGGUUGAUCUCCUUGAGCUAGAUUAUCUUUAAUCGAGCAGCCCAGAUGAUGACGCAAGGUGCUGCUGAAGGGACUGCAAUGUAAAGGGGACAUUGGCUUGGAACUUGCCCCACAUGCCAUUCAGCUGGGCCUGGCUGGGUCUGUCCAACACCAUUUUCCUACGUCUUUUGUUGCAUCUUGCCAUGGUUAGCUCAGAUCAGGUUACCUUGACUGACCCUGAGGAGUUUAAUCUGUUGAGCAAAGGGAUUGUAUGGUGACUUUUUCUGCCUUUUUUUUUUUUUUUUGAUAAUCAGUCCAGCCCUGUGACCUGCUUUCCUCUUUAAUGCUCAGAUUCCUAGGCUCAUGCUAUAUCUUCAGCUGCUAUGAACUCUAUGGCUCCAUUGUUUUCUGGAGAUCUGAUUAAUUGCUUGUCCUUUAUGGCUUUUUUGGCUACUGCACUGUUAUUCCUUUUCCCUUUGCAGGGGCCUCUCCACAGCUAGGCAGAAACCCUGCCCCAAGGCUGAGGCAGAUUUUGGGUAUUCCCACCCAAAAAAUCCAGGCAGUGUUCAGCCACUGAGCACCUCAGAAGAACACAGAGACCGUGUGGUGCAUCAGGGAAUGGAGUUUUCAUCUGCCCUAAUCACAAAGGCUCAAGGGUCCGAGUCUGCAAGAUGCUCUUGUCUGCCACAGGAGCUCAGCAGGUGAGAAGAGCACAGGUGGAAGGUCCCUUUCUUGUCCUUGCUCUUCCAUGUCAGUAAGUCACUGUGUGGCCGUAAGAUCUGCUCGGGGCUGAAGCCUGUCUGCCAGUCAGGCGUGGGGUAUUCUGGCUGCUCAGGAGAUGCUGCCACAGCGUGAGCAUACGCUACACGUGGCUGAAGCUGGUGCUUCUGCAGUCCCCUAGUUACUGGAGCACUGAAAAUACUGGCAGAGAAGAGAGGUGCUCGAGACCUGGUGCUCAGCUGAAGUCAGUGACCCACAUUUCUGCUGGCCUUGGAGGCUGUGUUCAUGUGCCAGAGGCGUGCUGCAGCUCACCCUCUCAUCCUCCUCUAGCUGCAGGGCUGAGGACACACAGGACUGCAAGGAUUUUUCCAUUGGAAUGGGGUGCUCAGGUGUUGCUGCUUGAUACAGCAAUGCAAGACUGCUGGGCCUUGAAAAUUCACCUUGUUCCACUAACCAUGCCGCUGAGCUGAUGCCCAAAGCCCACAAGCCCUGCGGCACAUCGUAGCUGUUGGCUUUCCGAAGGUAUGGGUUUGGCUCUACCCUGGGCACUAGCUCUGCGUGCUGCUUCGGACAGUGGGUGCUCUGACAUGCAGUACUUGGACUCGUGCUCUGCUGAAAAAUAUAACUGAAAAAAAAAAAAUCUAACUGAAAAAUCUAAGCAAAAAAAAAUCUAAUUUUUUGCUGAAAAAUUCUACUUAGGUUAAAGAGGAUUUGGACCAACAUGUUACUCUUGCUCUUGUUUCUCUCUCAGUUGCUCUCAGCUUGAAAUUCACAGACAAUUCCAUUAUUUUUUCAUUUCUCAUAGCCCCAGUGCAGCAUACCAAGAAUGAAGUUACAGGUUCUUUCUGUCUGUGCAUAACGAUGCUCCAGUACCACAGCUCCCAGUGGGAAGAGAGGGAUCUUUAAUCAUCUUUGCAACAGUGAAGACCUGCAUUGUAUCCCUGGUUUUGCCAGAGCAGCUUCAAGCUGUCAAGUUUCUGGGGCAAUUUGGUAACAUGAUUGCCAUACGAUUUUGUCAUGUUAAAAAAAAAAAAAAAAUAAAAAAAAAGAAACAAAAAGCCCAAACAAACCAACAAGUGAAUAAUUUGGCUUUACUAAGUUUUGAGCAGCCCUUCUUAAGCCUAGUGCCUUUUCCCGAGUCACUGGUUAGGACCGUUUCAACUGAAAUCUUUAAAAUUGCAAUCUCAACUCCCCGGUGAAAACCAACUCUCUUCUAGUGGUAGGUGCAGGUUGUUUACAAAUUUGUGGGAAAACUAACAUUGUAGAAAGGGAACUCGAAGGUCAGAUUACAGGGGAUUUUUUUUGUUUGUUUUAUUUUGGUUUGCUUGAGUUCUGUUACUUUUCUAGGGACUGAUGUAAAGCCCUCGGAAUUCAAAUGGAAAGCUCAAACACUGGUAGCAGGGAACUGCCUGCUGCUGCCUUGGAAGCACCAGGCAUCUUUCCAAUGACAUCGGUGGGUUCUGAGUCAGCCCCUGAACGUGUUUUCCAAAUGACAGUAAUUUUUGGAGUGACACCUUGAUUUCUUCCCUGUACAAACAGACCUGCUUGUCACUUACACAUAUUUACCUGUGUUCAACAUACAGGUUUGGGUUUUUUUGCUUUCAGAAACAAUAUGCUGCUAGACACAUUUCCUGGAGGGAAAUGGACACCUACCUACACACAAAGCUAUACAGCUAAUUUAUACCUUGUUGAAUUUAUAAUCUUGUCUAUGCUUCUAUGGACACUUUGUAUGGGCUGCAGCUCAAAUCCUAAAAUAGUCAAGAAUUUUUCCUUUCCCAUAUAGUAUUCUAUUUACUUUGACUUAAAAAAAAAAGCGUAUAAAUGCAAUAAUGCAGGUAGACUAGAAAUGCUAGAUUGAAAAUUAAAGUAGUUUAGCUUGUCCCAUUGUGACUGACAGUGUUGUACGACACCCAACGCUGUACCCUAACAUUUUCCAGGCUUUCUACGUAGCUGAAUCUAGUAUUAGCUUUGAAAACCCAUUGUAUGAGUGGUGGGUGGAUGGGUUGGAAAUGUGUGCUCUCUACACACUGUAUGUUACUCACAUCAGAAGCUGUAUGGCCACUCCAUAUGCUGUGAAACUGUAAAUGAUACCCAAUACACCUGUAACUCUUACCAGGAUUGUGAGAAAUAAACUAUAUAUAGAGAUAUA